ACGCUGUUCUAUUUUCUCUAGACCUAGCCUCACUCGUCUCUGUCCAAAAACCCAAAACCCUCACACUCACAUUUCCACCUGCACGAAGAGCAAUGAGCAAAGUGGGCUCCUCGCUGUACACUCGCCUCCAUGGAAUCUUCAAAGAAACUUCCAUCUCCACCGUCAAGACCACCGCAAAACCCAAAACCAAAAAGUUCGUUAGCAAAUCGAAGAAACCCACAGCUUCUUCCUCCGUCGCCGGAGGAGACGCGGUGAACUCCUCGAACUCCGACGCCAAGGCAACGAAAGAUUCGAAAUUGACGAAGAAAGUAGAGAAAUUCAAGAGAUCCUGCGAGUCCCAGACCUUCCGCCAAGUCCACGGCCUCUACAGCGCCUUCAUCCGCCGUCUCAGGGACGCGAACAAGUUCUCGAUCAUCGACGACGUCCUCCAGCACCAGAAGAAGUACGAAGACAUAAAGUCCGAAGAUUUCGUCAUCCGCAUCAUGCUCCUCUACGGAUACUCGGGAAUGGCCGAUCACGCCCACAAGCUGUUCGACGAAAUGCCCCAGCUAAACUGCGAGAGGACCAACAAGUCCUUCAACGCGCUUUUAUCCGCUUAUGUCAAUUCCAGGAAGGUCGAUGAGGCCAUGCAGGUGUUCAAGGAGUUGCCGGAGAAGCUGGCGAUCACUCCCGAUCUCGUCACUUACAACACCAUGAUCAAGGCGGUUUGUCGUAAGGGUUCGAUGGAGGAUAUACUGUCGAUCUUGGAGGAGGUUGAGAGGAACGGGCUUGAGCCUGAUAUGAUCACUUUCAAUACGUUGUUGGAGGAGUUUUACAGGAGGGAUUUGUUUGCUGAAGGAGAUAGGAUUUGGGAUCUGAUGAAGUCCAAGAGUCUUGUUCCCAACGUUAGGAGUUAUAACUCGAGAGUGAGAGGUUUGACUCGGAACAAGAGGUUUGCGGAUGCGGUUGAGCUCACUGGUGUUAUGAGAUCUGAAGGGGUCUCUCCUGAUGUGCACACGUACAAUGCUUUUAUUACUGGUUACCGCGGGGAUAACAACCUCGAGGAGGCUUUGAAAUGGUACGAUGAGAUGAAGGAGGCAGGGUUGACUCCUGAUACCGUGACUUACUGUUUGUUGAUCCCUCUCGUCUGUAAGAAAGGGGAUCUUGAGAGAGCGGUUGAGAUGUCGGAAGAAGCUAUCGGACACAAGGUUCUGUCUCGCCCCAACAUGUACAAACCAGUGAUCGAUGGUUUGGUGGGUGAAGGCAAGACUGAUAAAGCGAUGCAGUUAGUGAAGGAUGGUAAGUUGCAGAGUUACUUUCGCUACCUACCGGGCGUGUCCGCUGGUAAGAAGGAUACCGCCACCGUUCCUGUCUCUUCAAGUCCGGUCGAAGCUAGCGUGGGGGACGAGUAAGAAUGGUUGAUCAGUGUUUAGCAAAUGUCUUAACGAAUGCGUUAUAAUGGUGGCUUCCUAGUUCCUAUAUUGAUAUCAGUCGUUUAGAUUUGUUCACCAGUUGACUCCACUUGCAAGGAAACAAGGUUAUAUUGGUCUCUCUUGUGAUUUUAUUUCAAUUUAUAAUUUUGGAAUUUUGCUUUUCUUUAUAAUUUCUUCUUUUUAAGGAAUACAGUUUUGAACUUUCAUAUUAUGAAAGAUGAAUAUGCAUAUA